AUGGGGGACUCACUUAUGGUGCCGAAUAAGGCUGCGCCCUCCUACGCGCAACAUCGUUUUCAUCACGCGCCGGAUGCCUUUGGGCAAGAAGCUGGUAAAGAAGAAACGUUGUCCGACUACACUUUUUUCGAAACCGACACGGUCGACUCAUCUUCCCUCCUGCGCGACCUCUGUGUUCCCGCCAAGCCCAGUCGUUCACUCAACUUGCACGGGGAGUGCGUCACUCAACCUUUCUCCUCCAGCCAUGAGCACAAGCACAGCACGGGCCCGUCGUCAUCUCACGGAUACGCAAGAUGCCUCGAGCCAUUUAAACGCAGCGUCGUCCACAGCGUCGAAUGCAAAAGACAACAGCCCACCACCCUCUUCUUUCUCCGCACAAAACUUUGCAACCCUGCGCAGCUACCAUCAUCACCAGCACAGCUCCCAAACCACAUCAUCCGGGUACGCGCCGUCGUCGUCGCCAUGCCUCGAAACAAACGCCAGAGCGCCACGGCGCAAGGCAAGCGCAAGAUCGCCACGCCGAGGAGCCUGCUCGCGACGCUGCCGGACCCAAAGCCGGAGGCGCCUGCGAAGAAGUGGGAGCUGGACCCGAUGGACCUCGCCCAUAUCGGUGCCUGGACCGAUCAUCUUCAACCGCCGGGGGAAGAGACAAAAUAUCCCCCGUGCGAGCUUGUGAUAGACGAGCCGGAGAAGCCGGCUGAGGGCGCCAAGUAG